AUGUGGUGGCGUUUCCUAGCGUUCUGCGUGCUCGUGACGCUUGUGCUGUUCGUGGUGUUAAGCUGCGUGUACGGCAGGCCAGUCGUGCACCUCUUCUUCCACCGCUGCUGCGGCGAGGACAUAGAGAACGACCAGGUGAUCUACGAGAGCUUCGGAAACAACUUUCUGAGGGAGCGCCUCGUCGGCACCGAUGCGCUGGAGGCGGAGACGACCGCCUUCUCCUUCGAGGAGGUGGAGCGGGUCAUACACGGAAUGAGGAGCCUGAUAAACGUCCACGAUCCGACGACGAGGGACGCCUUCUACGAGCUGGGUGACGAGAUGAGCACAGAGGAUGAUCCCGUAAUGGAUGUCACGACGGAGCGACUGAGGAAACGGGGCUGG